AAUGGGAAAUGAGGGCAGGGCUCCGAGCCGUUCUUUCAUUGGCCCAGGGUCCCCGGGCGGCCCGGAGUGCGUGCGCGGAGACGGAAGUCGCGCGAAUGCGGGAACGCGCGUGUUAGCUCGUAGUUCCUCCGCGUCUGCUGCCGCCAUCAUGGUUCGGAAGUUUAAAUUCCACGAGCAGAAGCUGCUGAAACAGGUAGACUUCCUGAAUUGGGAGGUCACUGACCAUAACCUGCACGAGCUGCGCGUCCUGCGGCGUUAUCGGCUGCAGCGGCGCGAGGACUACACGCGUUACAACCAACUGAGCCGUGCAGUGCGCGAGCUAGCGCGGCGCCUGCGCGACCUGCCCGAGAACGACCCGUUUCGUGUGCGCUCCUCGGCCGCGCUGCUGGAUAAGUUGUACGCUCUGGGCCUGGUGCCCACGCGGGGCUCACUCGAGCUCUGCGAUUUCGUGACGGCUUCGUCCUUCUGCCGCCGCCGCCUGCCCACCAUACUUCUCAAGCUGCGCAUGGCGCAGCACCUCCAGGCUGCCGUGGCUUUCGUGGAGCAGGGCCACGUGCGCGUAGGGCCGGACGUGGUAACCGACCCCGCUUUCCUUGUCACGCGCAGCAUGGAGGACUUCGUCACCUGGGUGGACUCGUCCAAGAUCAAGCGGCACGUGCUGGAGUACAAUGAGGAGCGUGAUGACUUCGAUCUGGAAGGCUAGCGGGACUCUGGUUUUCCACGGCUGCAUUUUUACAAUGGGAAGACAGGCCUAAUGCUGGAGAUUCUCAGAGGGAGCUCCUCAGCUGCAGGCCACGCGCAGAGCUAGGGGUGGAGGGUGCACCCCUGUUUUCCAAGAAACUUUCUAAGAACUUGGACUACUGAGAAUAGGAGACAUUGGGAAGCAGAUUUGUGCUGCUCUGGGGAAUUAACUUAUUGUGCCCGAAAAAUUGUAGUAUAAAAGCAAGAACUUCACCCUCUUAAACGGCCACCACGACCUCUCGGCUCCACAAGCUUUCCCUUUUUCAUCUUGUAGCAGAACUGUUUGGUUUAAUUUAUUUAACUUAGACAUUUUUGCGCCUGUUCGUGCUUAAGCUGUAUACCAACGUUGGAGUUUAGUCUCAAGCGUUCAAAAAAUGGGUGAAACUUAGAUGUUCGGUAUCCUCUCCCUUGUUUAAAGGAACGCUUUCCUAAUGCCAAUAAAUGGCCUAAUUGCUUUGUAGAUGCAACUUUUGGUCUGCCGGGUUUUUUUUACACAGGGUUUUAUAUGUAGGUCUCCCUAGCUCAGGAACCCAAAGAAGAGGAAUAGGAUUAGUAGCGACCUGUUUGUGGGGGAGGCCUGCAACAGGGGCGGCAUGUGGAAGCUGCAGGAUGUUGCUUAGGGCUGAGCAAAUUUGACAGUUUACCAAUCUCUCCCAAAUCCCUUCCUCAGAAUGAAUUGUUUUGGCAGAACUCCUCCCACAAGACUUCCUGUUGAUAUUCCAGCCCCAGGAAAUACCACAUUAGUGGGCUGAGUGUUUGCUUGCCUAAGGAAAUCAUCACUCUGUAGUUUGGACAUCUAGUGGUUAGAAGUGGCCCAGGAGGUUCCUGAAAGUUUAGAUGUUAAGAGUAGUCGAGAAUGAGGAGAGAGAGCAGAAAGACUACUUUGUUUUACACAAGACUUCUAAAAAAAGAACAUAGAAUGCUGAGACCAGGGAUUGGCUUUUAGAUGUGCCAUCUCCACAUAACCAGGUGAGAGGCAGCAUUUGGUAAAGGAACCAUGAAGGGAGGGUGACACUGGGGUUGAUAAUAGCAAUGUUCUAUGUAUCAGGCAUGGUUUUAACUGCAUUAUAUAUAUUAAUUUACUUAAUCCAACAAUCCUCUGGAGUGGAGAAUCCAAUUAUUCCUCCUUUUCAGAUGAGGGAAACGAGGCAGAGACUGGUCGAAUUACCCAAGAUUGCAUAGCCAGUAAGUAGUGGAGCCAUUCUGCUCCCUUUAAGAAACUCAGCAUCAGCACAGCCAGUCCUUAAGGUGUGUCAGGGUUUAGGGAGUCCCUGAAUUUGAGUUUCCAGGCCAACAGAGAAAAGCAGCAGCACUAGGCAGUGUGACUGGUCCCAGCAGGAUGCUGCAUAAAGGUCUGAGUACAGAGCAGGCAUUGAGCUGGGAAGACUGCAAGGAGCAGGUGAGGUGAUAAUACCAGUUAGAGAAGGAAACUAACACUCCUUGAGGCCCUGCUUCUGCUAGGUUGCCAUUUAGUCUUCCCAACAACCUGCAAGGUAGAUGGUGUUAUCCCCACCUUUCAGAUUAGGAAAUUGAGAAUUGGACUUGUCCAAGUGAACUUGUCCAAGUUUGUGGUUCCAGUCUAGUUUCAAAGUUCCCUUGAAGGAAGCUCCUUUAGGAGCAAAAUACAAGAUUCUUUCGAAAAGUCAUUUCUCUCCUUUUAAUGGCUUAUCAGAACCUGUAACCAGAAAUUUUUUGGCUUUAAAAAAAAAAAUUUUUGUUCAAGUCAAUGAUUCAGAGGACAGGCUCUGGAGACAGACUGCUUGGUCUAAAUCCUGGCUCCUGUGCAUAAAUAGCUGUGUAACAUUGAUUAUUUUACUUAGCCUCUCAGUGCCUCUAUUUUCCUCAUCAGAAAAAUGGGGUAAUAUACUGAUUUUUAGAAUUGGAGGAAGGAUUAAAUGAUAUAAGUCCUAUAAAGUGCUUAGAAUUGUUCCUGGCAUAUAGUACGCAAGUAAAGGUUACUGCCUCCCUCCUCUUCCCGCCUCAAAAGAAAUACACAGGAUGUUAGACAUGUUACAAAAAGCCUGAAAGAUUUAAAAACAAAAACAACUACAUAUAUACAUAUACACAUACGUAUGGGCACACACACACAGUUCAGUGUAAAUUGGUACAGCCUCGCAGGACAGCAAUUUCGCAGUAUGUAUCAAGAACCUUAAAAACAUGCAUUGCACACCCUUUGACCUAGAAAUUCCACUUUGAAGAAUUAACAUAGGUAAAUUAUGGAUUUUGCAAAAAUUCGCUACAGGGAUCUUUGUUACAGUGAUUAUAAUAGGGAAAAAUUGGAAAUGUGUCCCAAGGGGAAAAAGUUAAAUUAUUCUUAGAAUGAAACACUAUGCAACCAUUGAAAAUAAUUGUAGCAGGAUUUUUUUUUUUUUUAAUUG